AUGGCUUCUUUUUCAACGCUGCCACUCGAUUUGACAAAAGAAAUACUUUACAGGACUCCAGCAGAGUCUCUGGUCCGAGCAAAGGCGACAUGCAAGCAGUGGAACGAUCUCAUCAAGGACAAGAGGUUCAUCUAUGAACACUGGCGUCGCUCCCCGGAAAGAUUCCUAAGAGCUGAUCAGACGGUACAAAUCUUGGACCUGGUGACCAGAACACGUUUAGACUCACCAAUCCCAGACGAGCUCCAACUUUCGAUAUCAAAUGCCAUGGCCAUGGUUCACUGCGAUGGACUCAUGUUGUGUGUCUGGAGUGACAAGGAAUAUUUUAUGUUCCACAACAUCGCCCUUUGGAAUCCCCUCACAAGGAAUUUCAACGUGGUCGAGCAUAGGCUUGCUCGAGAGUCUCAUAGGUUCCUGAAGGGUGAUAACUUCGGGAUCGGAUACGACGUUAACAAGCCUCGAGGUAAUUACAAGAUCUUGAUGUUUUCAGCUAAUCACUAUUGUGAAGCAGUGGUCGAGAUAUACGAGUGCAUGUCGAAAUCGUGGAGAACAAUUGUUGAUUCCAAGGUUGAUUGGGAAGCAUAUCCCUGGGACCAUGGCGUCUCUGUCGUGGGUAACAUGUAUUGGCUUGUCAAGAAGAAGACUAUAAACUACAUUUGUAGCUUUUGA